GGAUUCAUUGCCUUUUAUAAAAUCAUAUCCAGCACAGUUUCUUGAUUUGCAGAAUGUGUGGUUUAACAGACCUCACCUUCUCCCGGCGAUCAUGCAAAUGCAAUCGCCAAUCAUGAUGGCGUGCUACGCGCAAUUCCCUGCACAAUUGCGCGAUGUCCCCUCAUCCUAGAUACCUUGAGCUUACGAUAUUUAUACCAUGCACCUCGCACUCUUGGCUUUUGAGCACUUGGCACUCUGCAACCUGGUUCGCCCCCUUAUACGAGCUAUAUCGCGCCUGGGAGAUUUCACCCUUAAAUCUCGCUAUGGAAGCUAUCAGUGCAUCUGACGAGACCACUACCAUGGAAUCCUUAAAGGAGGAUUUAGACCUUGAGUCCAACACCCGAUUCGAAUACGAUCCAUGGCUUCUCGAUGAUCAUCCCCUACGAUCAUACCCGACAGAGUGCAUUCCAGGCUUGUCGCUUUAUCUCAAUGAAUACUACGAAUCCAUUGGAAAGCGAAAGGCGAUCCUCUUCCGCGCCGGAUGCCUUAUCAUCGGAUGUCUAGCCGCAUUCCAAUGUCUCCGAUUGCUCCCGGUCAAUAUCAAACGGAUACUCCUACCUCAUGCAUCCACAACACACGCCCACAUUCACCCCCAGAGUGGUGCGUGUACGUUCCCUACACUAGACACGUGCCCACAUGCCCUCAGGUCGUCUCUCAACGAGGGAUGCGAUGGGCUCCGAACGGCGGUCUGGAUGCACAACGGGAAGCUGCAGAUUGGAAACGCAGUUGCGGAGACCGAUCCCGAGGACAUCCUACAGCGGCUCAGUCUCGACCCUCUUCUGGCGAAACUUGACGCUGAGAACGAUGCUGCCGCCCGGUCAUCUCUUAACCCCGAAACGCCAAGCAGCUUUCACGCUGACGCUGACCUGGCUCAGACUUUCCUUUUGAUGCUUGAUGCCAAGACGUUGCCUCAAGAACUAUACCCGCAUCUCGUUGAAGAACUUGAUACUCUCCGGCAGAGGGGGUAUCUGUCUCAUUGGGAUGGGCAGAAUGUUGUUCAACGUCCUGUGACUGUUGUAGUUACUGGGGAGAAAUUCCCUGACAGUGACUGUGUCAAUCAUUCUUACUCUGAUGUCUUCUGGUCUGCUUUGCCGGAAGGACGGUUUACGACGAGUGACUUUACGAAGGAUGGCCUCCGACAUCUAUCGCCGGUGUGUAUAGGAUGAGUGCUGUUGACUUCUGUGAUACCCAAUUUGAUUUUCUUUUAAUAAUGUGAAUGAUAUCGUCGAUUUUCAAUAUUGAGUUUGUUCUUUUAAUCCACAUCUGCAGCUUCCCAUCUACAGCAAGGAGGUUGAUAAAAAGCUCCACUUUGGCAUACUCUCGGC